UCCAGUAAUGGGAACCCACCAGAGAGAUGUCCUCGUCCUCUGUAUUCCCGGGACUCCACACAGGAAGAUCAGGAGAUCCCUCAGGAGGAUCAGGAUGUAAGUCUGAUUGAUCCUGGAAUAGAAGUAAAAGUUGAAGAAACAUAUGUGAUGAGUGAUGAUCCAUGUACGGAUGAGGACAUCCCUUCAGAGAUCGGCACAGAUGAAGGACCCAGUAGCAGUAAGAUAGACAGACAGCAACGUCCCAUUACCUCUCCAGAUAGUAAAAAAGAAGAUGACAUUGACCAUCCAAGAAAUCCUUCUGACCCCGAUAACUUUUCAUGUUCCCAAUGUGGGAAAUGCUUCAAAUUCAAGGCUCACUUUAUGGAACACAAGAGAAGUCAUUGGGGUGAGAAGCUCCUUUCCUGUUCUAAGUGCGGAAAAUGCUUCAAUCUCCAAUCCAAAGCGUUUACGCAUGAGCAGAUCCUCCCAGGGCUAAAGCAGUACUUGUGUAAUGAGUGCGAGAACUCCCUUUUAAAGCACCAGAGGCUUUAUGCCGAGCAAUGUUCAUUUUUCUCUUCGUCUCUGGAAAAACAUCAAGAGGUGCAUGUGACGGAGAAGCCAUAUUCGUGCGUUCGGUGCGGGAAAUGUUUCUCCGAGAAGUCAAUGUUGGUUCAGCAUGAGAAAGCUCACUCAGAAGAGAAGACGUAUCUAUGUUCGGAGUGUGGAAAAAGCUUUACCUGUAACUCGCAUCUAGUUAUGCAUAAGCGCGUCCACACCGGAGAGAAGCCCUAUUCCUGCUCCGAAUGUGGCAAACAUUUUAGCCGGAAGUGGCACCUUGAAAACCACCGGAGGUCGCACACGGGAGAGAAGCCAUACGCGUGUUCAGACUGUGGAAAACGUUUUAAGACCAAGACGUACCUGGUCGAGCACCAAAGGACUCAUACAAAGGUAAAGCCCUAUUCCUGUUCGGAUUGCGGGAAAUCUUUUGUCCAUCCAUCUGUUCUAUUUAAACACCAAAGGAUUCACACGGGGGAACGGCCUCAUUCCUGCUCCCAAUGCGGGAAGUGCUUCACGCAAAAGUCCUCUCUCAUCAUUCACCAGAGGUCUCACACGGGAGAGAAACCUUUCUCGUGUUCAGAGUGUGCGAAAUGCUUUGCAUAUAAGGUUUCUCUGGUGGCCCAUCUGAAAACACACACAGGGGAGAAGUCGUAUUCGUGCCCCGAAUGUGGCAAGAGUUUUGUAAACGAGUCGUCUCUUGAUGUCCAUUGCAAAAGUCACACUAGGGAGGAUCUGUGCUCAUGUCCCCAAUGCGGCGAGAGCGUCGCCAACAAAGCAACGCUUGAAAUCCACCGCAGAAGCCACACGGGGAAUGAACUGUAUGUGUGUUCCGAAUGCGGGAAGGGCUUUGUGAGGAAAUCGCUUCUUCUCGUGCACCAAAGAAUUCAUACGGGGGGUGAAGCCCUAUGUGUGUUCCCAGUGCAGGAAAUGCUUCCCACAGGGACCAAACCUUGUUGAGCAUGAACAAGCGCACAUUAGCAAGAAUGUAAUAUAUGGGCAGUCGUAACUAAUGUGCAGCAGAUGAAACAAUGGUCAUCGUUGAUGCCAGCUUUUCAAACCUUGCUUCUACAAAAGGGACCUCCAUGACCUACAACUUUUUAUAAUGUGAUUUUGAUACAGAGUUGGUAGUUGUCCUCUUUUGACGCAAGCCGUUCCUGUUUUAAAUGGUACAUGAAUUACAGUGCUUCCAUACACUGUUUCUGCGAAAAUAAGCCCUACCCCGAAAAUAAGACCUAGCGUGAGUUUCUGGGAUGGCUGCAAUAUAAGCCCUACC